CCAAAACAAGAAUAGGGUUUAUGUUACCCCACUGCCAAACUUCGAACAAGUCUAAAACCUCUCUCUCCAUCUUCCCCAAACCCCUCAUCGUUGCUCUCGCUUCGAAGUUCAAACAUGAGCAAAGGACCAGGACUCUUCUCUGAUUUCGGCAAAGAGGCGAAAGAUUUACUCAACAAAGACUAUACCUCCGACCAGAAAUUCACCAUUUCUAGCACCAGCUACACUGGAGUGGCACUUGCAUCAAAUCUCGUGAAAAAGGGAGGUCUCUCCUCUGGGGAUGUUGCUGCACAAUACAAGCACAAGAAUGCUGUAGUUGAUGUCAAGCUUGACACAGAGUCAAAUAUCUUGACAACCCUCACAGUCACAGAUUUACUUCCAUCUGCAAAAACUGUGGCUUCAUUUAAACUGCCUGAUUAUAACUCUGGAAAGUUAGAGGUUCAGUAUUUCCCUGAACAUGCAGCUCUGACUACAGCUGUUGGGCUGAAGAAAUCCUCAGCUGUUGACUUUUCUGCAACCAUUGGUACUCCCAGCAUUGCUUUUGGUGCAGAGGCAAGCUACAUGACAUCUCCUGGUGAAUUUACAAAGUAUACUGCUGGAGUGAAAAUUAUAAAGCCAGAUUCCAAUGCUUCAGUAAUCCUGGCUGACAAAGGAGACUCCCUAAGGGUGUCAUAUUUGCAUCAUCUAAAUCAGCUGAAUGGUGGAGCUGUGGUAGGUGAAAUUGUGAGAAAGUUCUCCACUAAUGAAAACACAUUAACCGUGGGAUGUUUGUAUAAUGUUGAUCCACUCACAGUGGUGAAGGCAAAGCUCAACAACCAUGGCAAUCUUGGUGCUCUUGUGCAGCAUGAGCUCAGACCAAAGUCCUUCCUUACGAUAUCUGGUGCAUUUGACACAAAGGCCUUGGAGAAGACUCCCAAGUUUGGUUUGGCUCUCUCUCUAAAGCCUUGAACAGGGCCUGUAAUAUCUGAAACCUAGUUUUGGAGAUGAAUCUGUAAGCCUUGCUUGUGAGUGCGGAGGUGAGGGUCUGAUCUACUAAUAUAAAGUUAGGUACAUUAGUUUUAUUUAGAUAUUUUGGUCUGUUCCACUAUUUGCUCUAAUAAUUAUUGGUCCAAUUUUAGCAUCUUAACUUAUCUCUGUAUUUGAAGAGUCAUCUAUGAUCUACCCUUAAAUGGUUGCAAGUAGCAUAACACAAGGAUUGAUACCUCUGGACUGAUAAAUGAUAAUCCAUGAAACAACUGACCAGGUGGUCCAAAGCUCAACGGCAAAGCAGAAAUUGCGCUUGAAUUUUUAUUGUAUAUUUUUAUUGGUUGACAAUAUUUACUAUUGGUUUCUGUUUGGUAAGCUAAUCACCAACUUGCCUUCUAACUUUAAAGCGUGAAAGAUGGAUCUCUUCAUUGUUCAGUAAA